GUGUACGCCGUGAUGGGCGGCGUUGAGCAGGAGGCCAUUGAUGCUGGCCGUGUGCUCAUCAAGGACAACCAGUCAUCUCAAGCGGCGGACACCAUCUAUGUACAAGAUCUGGCCUUGGAGGACACCACGCCACUGGAGCAGAAGAACCUAUCGCUCUCGGGACACCUUUCCUGGAGCACAUCGGGCCCGACGAUGCCAGCGGUGGGUGAGGAUUGGGCCAUUGUGGACACCUUCGACAUCUAUCUCGCCCAGGGCACCCAACUGUCUGCGAGCGAGAGGUACAUCGCCAGCGUUCCGAUCACAGAAGCAGCGUUCACCUUCAGCGCCCAGCUGCUUUCGGAAGGCGAUGACACCAUCCUGGUGUACGCGUCCAACUCUGUUGGCAAGGCACCUUUCGGCAGCGUCGUGCAGUUUGGUGACCAUGGCGGGCUUCAGACCACAUCGACAGGUUCGUCGACGACCACAUUGACUGGAAUAUCCAGUUUGACCACGACAUCCGAGAGUUCAACCACUUCGAUGACACUCAGCACCAGUUCGACCACAUCAAUCUCAACCACUUCUCUUUCUCUCACCAGUUCGGCCACAAAGACUGCCACGUUCAGAACAUCCACCACUUCAA